AUGCAGGCCUCCACGGCCUCCAAAUCUGCUCCAGGCUCUCGUCAUAGGGGGACCCGGAAGCUCCUCAGAGUCUACAUUCAUGGGUUCAUGGGCGGCGGAACGAACUUCCGGAUCUUUCCUGCCCAGGUUCAUAAUUUUGUUUUGUCCAUCGUUUUGGAAGAUCUGGGCUGGGGCGCCUAUGCAGAAGUGUAUCCGAAUUUCAAGACCAAUAACGGAUGUGGUACUGCUUGGGCGCUCUACCGCCGGAUUCUGGCGGCAGGGGUGGC